CCAGGCACGGGACCAGACGGCUUCAGUCGCCUGCAGGCCUGGGCGGGACUCCAGGUGAGCUCUCCCCUGCGCUCAAAACGCGUCGCUGGCGGUGGCCAUGCGUCCACCUGGCCGACCACUGGCUAUGGAGCCUCGCGCCAGGGGCGCCGCGAACACUACGGGGAGCAGAGAAGGCCGCAGCCCUCCCCUUCCGGCGGGCUCCAGCGCCCGGCAGCUCCUGGCGCGGCUGGACGCGCGCCCCCUAGCGGCCCGAGCUGCAGCCGACGUGGCGGCGCUGGUACGCAGGACCGGCGCCACAUUGCGCCUGCGCCCCAGGGAGGCCGUUAGCUUAUUGGACUCUGCAGACAUAGAGGUCACAGACAGUCGCCUGCCUCAUGCCACUGUUGUGGAACGCCCGUCCCAGCAUCGUCGGUCAGAGAAUCUGGGUACGUUUACAGCGCCUCCCCGAGUGACCCCGGGUAAAGCACGUUUUGCUUCAAAGCCGCCCCAGGCCUCUGGUCGGUUCUGUGUGGAUCUGGUCCGCGAUUCCGUAGGUUUUGGCCUCACCUUAAGUGGGGGCCGAGAUGCUGCUGGGGACGCUCCACUGGCAGUGCGCGGGCUGCUAAAGGACGGGCCAGCACAGCGCUGCGGUCGUUUGCAGGCCGGCGACCUCGUGCUCCAAAUUAACGGAGAGUCAGCGCAGGGCCUCACCCAUGCCCAGGUCGUGGAGCGGAUCUGCGCUGGAGGACCCCGGCUUCACCUUGUGCUCCACCGGCCUCUUGAGACCCACCCUGAUCGCAGCCCAGAUCCUAGGGGGCUGGAGUUGAUGAGGUCUGGCAGCGGCAACAAUUCCCCAGUUCAGCACCCUCCAUCCCAUACAAAGCUCAAGACCCAGGGCAGCCCGGAGCCUGGUCCAGAGGCUGCGGCGGACAGCACCGCCAUUCUUCUUCCUGAGCGCCACACGGAGGACCCCAACGACCGUAUCCCCGGUUCCCCGGGGCCCUGGCUGGUGCCGAGCGAGGAACAGCUCUCGCGGGCCCUUGGGGUCCCGAGGGCUGCGCAGCUUGCUCAGGAGAUGGCAGCGGGAAGGCGGAGGCACUGAGCAUACAUCAGACGACUCCAUUCUCACUGGGUACGGCCCGACCUGGAUCUUUCGUGCCUCUCCAGCCUCUUCGCACUAUCAUCGCCCCAAGAGCUUCCAUUUGGUGUGAUCCCCCCUCCCGCUGCACAGUCGAUUGGCCCACACUCAACUCGCGGCGUCAGUGGUGCGGCCCUCCCAGACCCGCCAGCCCAGCGCUUGUUGGUUCAGGCGGGAGAGGUAAUAAAAC